GACUGGGCGUUGGAUUCCCACCUUCAAUUCCCAAUCCUCCGCCACGCUCACCGUCACCACGCUGGACGGAACCCUAGCCGGCUCGUUCAGCUCAAGCCGAGCUCAAGCUCCGUUCUUGGCUCUUCGAAUUACCAAACAGGAUCUCGAGCCGAGCUGGAGCUGAGCUCCAGCUUGAUUAAAACCCUAGUUGUACCUUGGCGCGGAGAAAAGAUCUAGGGUUUUUUUCUUCUUUUAGGUCAUAAUUGAAUUCAUUUUGUUCUUUUUUGUGGAGUGGUUGGUCCCGCUGGCAAAUAGAUGAGAUAUUAUGAUCUCAAUCAAUUCGAACGCCACCCUCCACGGCCUCCAGCUUCAUCGCAUUCAUUUAACCCCCGUUCGAGCUGCCAAUCCCUUUGCCAGAUCCGGAUUCCUUGGUUUCCCUGUCCUUCAGUCCUUGUUUCACUCAGUGCAAUCAGGAGGAUCAUUAUCUUCUACAUUCAUGGAUGUUGCGAAGGUAGCCAUUACACGAGCAGCCACCCAUGAUAGUGUGGCGAUAAGAGCUGAGGAUAAGAGCUAUAGUUUUGCACAUCUGGUGUCAUCUGCCUGGAGUAUUUCCAACUUGUUGCAUGCCAAAUUUUCUAAAACUGCGGAGGAUGGACGCAAAAGUGAGAAUGCAUUGGGUCAGGUGAUAGAUGCCAACAGAUUUCUUAAUGGAGCUCGUGUAGGAAUUGUUGCAAAACCAUCUGCCGAGUUUGUUGCUGGACUUCUGGGAACCUGGCUCAGUGGUGGAGUUGCUGUUCCACUUGCACUAAGCUACCCAGAAGCAGAACUCUUGCAUGUGAUGAAUGACUCGGAUGUCACCAUGAUUCUAAGUACUCCAGAGCAUCAAGAAAUUAUGAAGAAUGUCGCUGCUAAAUGUUCUGCUCAUUUUUCUCUUAUCCCUGCUGUCACUAGUAUUUCAUCCGAGGCAGGACCACAUGAACAUUCAGAGAAUGGAGUGACUGAUGUGGUCUCUAAGUUGAUGGGAAAAUUUGUGGACUCAAAAUCAUCUGAAGGUGAUGAUCCCGCUUUAAUUCUAUACACCAGUGGUACAACAGGUAAACCCAAAGGUGUAGUCCACACACACAGAGGUAUAAUUUCCCAGGUCCAAAUUCUAACUGAGGCAUGGGAAUAUACGCCUUCGGAUCAAUUCCUGCACUGUCUACCCUUACACCAUGUUCAUGGUCUUUUCAAUGCUUUAUUGGCGCCUCUUUAUGCUGGUUCUGGGGUUGAGUUCUUACCAAAAUUUAGCGUCCGAGGAGUGUGGCAGAGAUGGCGUGAAUCAUACCCAAGAGAGGGGAGUAAAUCAAACGAUGCUAUUACUCUGUUCACGGGAGUUCCCACUAUGUAUACCAGGCUGUUGCAAGGUUAUGAUGCAAUGGAUCCAGAUAUGAAAGCAUCUUCUGCUUUUGCUGCAAAUAAGUUACGUCUAAUGAUGUGUGGAUCAUCUGCACUUCCAUAUCCUGUUAUGAAACAAUGGGAGGAAAUUACAGGUCAUCGUCUUCUGGAACGCUAUGGUAUGACUGAGUUUGUCAUGGCACUUGCCAAUCCUUUACAUGGUAAACGAAAAGGAGGCACAGUUGGCAAACCUCUUCCAAGGGUGGAGGUAAGAUUAUCAUCGGAAGAAGAAAGUGAAAAAGAUGGACCAGCAAUAGGGGAGCUAUGUGUCAGAAGUCCUUCCUUGUUUAAGGAGUAUUGGAAGCAGCCCAAGGUGACUGCAGAGUCAUUUAUUGAUGGUGGAUUCUUCAAGACAGGAGAUACUGUCACAGUAGAUGACAAUGGAUACUACAUAAUCUUGGGACGUACUAAUGCUGAUAUAAUGAAAGUUGGUGGUUACAAGCUGUCAGCAUUGGAUAUUGAAGCAGUGCUUUUAGAGCAUGAAGAUAUUCUGGAAGUUUGUGUUUUGGGCUUGCCUGACAAGGAUUACGGUGAGAUCGUUUGUGCCAUUGUUGUGCCACAAGAACAUGCAAAGAAAAGAGCAGAAAAAGAGCUGAAACCUGUUAUGACCUUGAAGGAAUUUCAGAGUUGGGCAAAGAAGAGAUUGGCUCCUUACAAGAUUCCGACAAAAUUAAUCCUGUGGGACUCUCUUCCACGCAACGCAAUGGGAAAAGUGAACAAGAAAGAGAUCAAGAAAUUGCUAGUGGACUGAUCAAGUUCUUGUGCUGAUCUUGUGAGAUAAUUUUUGGUAAAUCUCGCCCACAAAUCAUUCAUUGCAGUGUCAUCUAUGCUUGUCAUUUGUAGCAGCAACAUCAUCAACAACAACAAGAAUAAUAAUCAGAGUGCCCUCAGUGAAUAAGUGCAGAAAGUUGAUAAUAAUUUCUGAUGCUUAGCUUUAUCAUAUAUAUAUAUAUAUAUAUUGUUUAUCAAAUGAAAACAUCAGUACUGAAGUUGGUGAACUUCUCUUAGGUAUAUAGGAUGAAAUGUCCCUACUACCUCAAUCUUGAACAGUUAGCAAUGAAUAUGUAGCCUCUCUUUUCUCAUUUCUCAGAAAGUUUUUAUUUUUAUUUUA